UGUUCUGUGGUUUCCAUCACCCUCCCUCUGCCUCCGCGUUGAGCAGGACUGCCUGUCCCUGUUCUUUGAGCAGACUGUCCUGAGCGGAGGAGACACCAUGCUGUGCUCAGUCUGUGGACUCAGGAGAGAAACGGAGGUGCUGACGUGUUUGGACAAACCGCCUGAGAUCCUGAUGCUCCACCUGAAACGGUUCGGUUGUAAAGGGAAGAAUCAGGUGAAGCUGAGGACGAAUGUUGUUUUCCCCACGAAGCUCGAUCUCACUCAGUUUCUGUCCAGCUCAGUACAAAACACCUCAUGCUCUUCAUACCACCUCUACGCUGUCGUGAACCACGCAGGUCACCUGAACAUGGGUCACUACACGGCCCUGUGCCACAGCAACCUGACCCGGAGCUGGCACUGUUUUGACGACUCAGCGGUCCGAGAGGUCCAGGACGGAUUCCUACAGUCUCCAAAUGCAUAUCUGCUGUUCUACAGUCGCAAGCCUUUCCACAAUCCAAAGAUCCAUGGACUCUAUCAGGCCGACAUCCAGUAGAGGACUUUUAAACUCCCCUCAAAUAAUUUUUUUUGAAUUAUUUAAGAUGUAAACCUCUUUUCGGUCCACUCCUCAUCCAUAAACCUCAACUCAGUGUCCACUUGCCCGCCUUGUACACCUUGUAUAUUCUUUGUUCAGUAAUGUCUAACAGCAGGAAAACAAGAUGAGAAUCAGGGCUCGUCUUCUGCCCUUCAACACAUACUUUUAUGAAAACAACCUGAAAUGCAUCGACACACACACAAACAUUAAUUUGAAGCAGUUUUAAUAAAUAGUCAUAUGAGAUUAAUAUAAUCGUUAUAUCUGAAACAAAUGUUUUAUGAGUAUCGAGAAAUAAAAUCAACAUGUACAAGUAAAAACAUUAUGAUCUCAUGCUAGGCAACAAUACGGUCGGUCAGGAAGUCGAGUCAAAUCCUGACACGUCAGAUCUCCGGUCCAAAAAGAAAAGGAAAUAAAAAAAAGAAGAAUAUAAUCUGUGCUUAAUCUUGUCAGUCAGUUAAUGUUGAUACUUAAAAACUUAUGAAUAUUAGUGAAUGAAAGCCUCAAGUCUUCAUAUUCUCCAGAGUCUGUACUAAACACAGACAAUCAGAUGAAUCAAAAUCCAGCCUCCUACAAAAGUGUUAUUUUAAAACUAGCCAAGGAAGAUUCCGACUUAUCCAAGUUAUAGUUCCUCUAUAUGGUUCUUGUGUUUGAAUAUAAUCAUGUAAAGAGUUAAGCGUGUUUAAACAGAGAAUAAAUUCUACAACAAACUUCACAGCAGGUGGGUUUUCCAUCACUGGCUGCACCGAGCGAAACGGACAAGGUCUCGGCAUCAGUGUGGUUUAAAGCAUUCUGAGUCAGGGGUUUAUGUUACAUGUUAAACAGUGUGUUCUACAUGAACAACUUAAAACUGAGUGCAUAUGGUCUAAAUGCAAGAUGGCGAGAAAUAUGACUAAGCAACAAUCUCAGUUCCCUCCUCUCUUUAGGAAAAAAUGCAAAAUUCAACUCUCACAGUCUCGUACAGCUCAAGAUGAAGUUAAGCAUCAGAAGGCUAUGGAGUGAAACCCCUAAAACGCGUGGGUUGUCUGUAUGAAUAAGCUGAUACUAUAAUGGCUGCUACUUUCAAGAAGAAAUAAUAAUUUGGUCACUUAACAAAUAUUCACCUCGCCCUCAAGUAGUAUUUACAUUAUUCGAAUUUGCAACAUCACCAUUGUCAGGUUUUAUACAUCCCAUCUAACUGUAGCCCUGCUGGAUUCACAGAACAAGCUGAGGAUCCGUUCUGUGAUCCGUCCCUCCACACUGUGCAACGCAAAUGAGACUGAGGAGCACCUGAUCCCGAUGUCAGUGCUACAACAA